AUGACAACCUUCAAAAAUACUGCCAAUACAACUUAGAACACAACACAAAAUUUAGCAAAAUCAUCACCAAAAAAAUUGAAUUUUUCUAUCUUGUAAUACGCAGAUGGGUUAUAAUCUUGUUCACUCUCAAAUAAGGCAUAAAAUGUUGUAAGAAACUAAAAAGACCAUUAAUGCUGGUGCGACAAAGAAUCUUAAGUUAUUGAAUAAAAAAUAUAAUUUUUCUCAAUACUGAGUAACCUAAAUAUUUAAUCCUUGUCAAAUGAUAAAAAAUCCAUUAAACUUAAAAUUAAAAUUAAUUCUUGCUAUUUAUUUGAUUUUGAGUAUACCUUUUUUAUAAGACAUAAACCUUUUCUUUUUUUAGAAUUUUCAUCCUUUCUCCUAAAUUUCUAUUAUCUGACUAUAUUGCAUCUAAGAGAAGUCAUGCUCAUUCCUUAUAAGGUUCCUUUAGAAGGUGAAAAGUAUGAUAUCCAAAUUUAAUAAAGUGAUGUUCCAAACCUCCAUAGAAGAUAAUCGCAUUUUAUUAUUUUUACCUAGUGCUAUGAUUAAAAGAUUUUCGUAUAUUUCAGAAACGUUUAUAUUAAUAAUAGCCCUCCCUGGGUUGUACAGGUUUGUUGA